CGACGCUCUCGACAGACACCCAACCACUGACGACAAUGGGCAAGAGCAAGGGAAAACAGCCAGCUGGCGGCGACGCGCAGAAGAAGCGCAAGCACGACAAGGUCGAGGAGGCUCCCGCCGCCCUCUUCAGCGCGCCGAAGGACUCUGAGCUCGGCAGCAUCUUUGGCAAGAGUGCCGCAUUCUCCCUCCCUACGCCUGCACGCCCCGCAGCGCUUCCGGUUGCCAGCUCUUCCAAGAUCGCCGAGGAGGUGACACCGAAGAAGGCCAAGAAGGCCAAGGUCGACACCCCCAAGGCCACGCCGAAGAAGGAGGCCAAGGAGGCCGAGCCCGAGGCGAUUGAGGUCGACGAGGAGGUCGUGGAGGGCGAGGACGGCGCCGAGUCGGACGGCUCGGUCGACCUCACCCACGAGAGCCUCAAGGCGCCCAAGCGGAAACGCGAGAAGGCCGCCAACACAAAGUACACGCCGCCUGGCGAGACGCAGGCGGACCGCGACAGGCGUACCGUGUUCGUUGGUAACCUCGACGUUGAGGCGGCCAAGUCCAAGUCCAUCCUCAGCCAGCUCAAGGCCCACCUCCUCACCUUUGCCCCUGCGGCCAAGAUCGAGUCGGUGCGCUUCCGCUCGGUCGCGUUCGCCGCUCCCACAGCUGCGCUGCCCGGAGAGGACGACGAGAAGGAGAAGACGAAGCGCGUGCAGCGUGAGCAGGAGCGUGCGGCCGCGUGGCGCGAGGCACAGGAGGGCAGCUCGACUGGCAAGCCCGGAAACCGCCGUGGUGACGACGAGGUUGUCGACAAGUCCAAGUCGUUCCUCGACUCCAAGGGCAAGCGCAAGGUUGCCUUCAUCAAGAAGGACUUCCACUCUGAGCAGGACUCGUGCAACGCCUACGUCGUGUUCGCCCACGCCCACCCCGACAGGCCAAAGAAUGUCGCGCCCAUCCUUGACCCAUUCGAGGCUGCCGAGAAGGUGCUGGCCGCCAACGGCAGCACGUUCCAGGAGCGCACGAUCCGCGUCGACAUCUUGAGGCUGCCGUCGGCGAUCGGCCUGUCAACAGCUACCAACGCGCUGGGCAAGCGCGACGCCUGGCUCCCGAGCGGAACGGACCCCAAGCAGAGUCUGUUCGUCGGCGGCCUCGACUACGCGGCCAAGGACGAGGAUGUGCGCGCGUUCUUCGAGGGACUGGUCAAGGCGGAGCGUGGUGCCUCGCCCUCGGGCAGCUGGGUCACUGGUGUCCGUAUUGUGCGCGACAAGGAAACGCAGCUGGGCAAGGGUUUCGGCUACGUGCACUUUGUCGACCGCGAGAGCGUCGACGAGCUCAUCGCCAUGCCUUCGGCCAAGCUCAAGUUUGCCAAGAAGCCUCUGCGUGUGCAGUCGUGCAAGACGCUCCCUCCUACAUCAAAGACGCGCCCCGCACCGGCCGCUCCUGCUCCUGGUGCUACUGCUGCUCCUGCCAAGCCCAAGUACGCUGGCAAGGAGCGCAAUGUGCCCUCUGGCCCGAUCCCCCGCGGCAACCCAGCGCUCGGCGACAAGCUCAAGGACCUGUCCAAGGACGAGCGCAAGGCGGCCAAGAACGCCGACCAGGAGCGCCAGCUGCGUCGUCUGGCCAAGAAGAAGGCCAAGGUGGCUGCCGCGCACACUGACAAGGGCCGAGUGGACCUCACUGCCACCAAGGCUGAGCGCAAGAGCCGGGACAAGAAGGUCAAGGCCAAGAAGGGCCGUGUGCGUAGCUCGCAUGCGUUGUCCAAGAUGAAGGGCCAGCGCCAGGCGUGAUUGUAGGAGGUGCCUGGGAGCUGGUUGGUGAGGAGUGGGUGUGGUGCAUGGGUUGGGUGGAGGCGUGGAGGACGCGCCUCAAUGUUUGUGUUUGUGUUAUUUUCUGAUGCAUAUUGGCGUGGCGCCGCCGCAUGAC